GCCAAUAUAACUCAAAAUACCGUGACUGAGCUGCUUUUAAAUGCAAAUUUCAAGAUAAAAAUGUCACGUGAUGUUGUAACGCCGUAAUGCGACUCAUAAUUUCGCAGGCGCUGACAAGUUUGAAUUUAAAUCGUGUGAUACAUCUCAGAGAGAUGUCUUUUUUGAGCGAAAACAAGUUGUUUUUCGGAGCUGUGGGCAUUGCAGUAUCAUCCGCAGUAGCAGGAUUUGUAGCUGCUCGGGUUCUUGGGCGAAAGAGCGAUGAAGACUAUAAAGAGACAAAAAUGCACAUGGAAAUUAACAGCCCAGUCACAAAAUAUCUUAUGGAAUAUGGACUCCGAGAGCCUUCACCACUCAGGAAACUUAGAGAGGCAACCAUGAACCAUAAAUUGAAUCAUAUACUCUGCAGUGCUGAUGAAGCUCAGCUUAUGAGAUUGCUGUUGCAAUUGAUAAAAGCGAAAAAGACUAUAGAAAUAGGUGUUUAUACUGGCUACAAUACUCUGAGUAUGGCCAUGGCACUGCCCCCAGACGGUAAAGUUGUGGCAUGUGACAUAACAGAUGAGUAUAUGAACGACGUGCAAAGUCAGCGUUUCUUCAAAGAGGCAGGUGUUGAAUCGAAGAUAGAUUUAAGGCUGCAAUCGGCCACCGCCACUUUAGAUGAACUGUUGUCUGCAGGAGAAGCUGAGAGCUAUGACAUGGUUUUUAUUGAUGCUGAUAAGAAAUCCUAUGACGAUUACUACGAGAAAUCGUUGCAACUUGUUCGUAAAGGCGGGCUUAUAGUAGUUGACAAUGUAAGUGAUGAAACAAGCUGUUGGUUAUCACCAACAGAACUGGAAUUGCUUAAUUAUUUUGCUUGUCAAGCUAACUCGUUUCGGUACGAUAUUGCAGCUGAAGUUCAAAAUGUUCAGUUUGUUUCCUUUUUUUCUCCACAGGCAGGUGUUGAAUCGAAGAUAGAUUUAAGGCUGCAAUCGGCCACCGCCACUUUAGAUGAACUGUUGUCUGCAGGAGAAGCUGAGAGCUAUGACAUGGUUUUUAUUGAUGCUGAUAAGAAAUCCUAUGACGAUUACUACGAGAAAUCGUUGCAACUUGUUCGUAAAGGCGGGCUUAUAGUAGUUGACAAUGUUUUGUGGGGUAGCAAAGUUUGCGACCCUGAAAAAAGAGUUUCAGAUGAAGAAACCAGAUUUCUUCACACCUUAAACGUGAAGAUUCACGGAGACAGUCGUGUUGCAAUAAGUUUUCUUCCAUUUGCAGAUGGUGUUACUCUAGCGAUGAAGCUGUAAAUUACUGUUGUCAGUGUAAAAUACUGCUCCAUAACAGUAAACUCGAUGUCACUAAUAAAUUUGUCAACAGUUUUUUUUGUA